AUGUCUGCCCUCAAAGCCGGCUCGCCCUUCCCCGAAGGCGUUUCCUUCUCCUACAUCGCUCCCACGCCGGAGACGAGCUCCGUGACGGCCUGCGGCAUCCCCCAGAAGCUCGACGCCAGCAAGGAGUUCAAGAACAAGAAGGUCGUGCUGGUCGCCGUCCCUGGCGCUUUCACCCCCACUUGCCAGGCCAACCACCUGUCGGCCUACAUCGAGAAGCUUGACAAGCUCAAGGCCGCCGGCGUCGACCUGAUCAUCUUCAUCGCCUACAACGACCCCUUCGUCAUGGCCGCCUGGGGCAAGGCCAACGGCAUCGUCGACGACAAGAUCAUCUUUGCUUCCGAUGACAACAUCGCCUUCUCCAGCAGCAUCGGCUGGACCAUGGAGGGCACCGGCCGUACUGCCCGCUACGCCCUUGUCAUCGACAAGGGCACCGUCACCUACGCCGAGAAGGAAGCUGCCAAGGGUGUCGAUGUGUCUGGCGUCGAUGCCGUCCUGGCCAAGCUCUAA